AGAGCCGCCUUGGCCACAGCUCUGGACGGUAGAGGUUGUGUGUGUGUGUGUGCCAUGCCCAGUGAUGCGUCGCUGGGCGCUGCAGACGCCGUGCCAGCAGCCAAGCGCGCCCGGCGCGGUUCCGAGCCAGCUCCUCCCCUGGACGGAGUCGCCGAGCAGACUCUGCCGAGACUCGGCCGCUGCCUCGUUGCCACUCGGCCGUUUGCGAAAGGCGAGCUCGUCCUGGAGGAGGAGGCCUUCCUGGCCGCCCCGGCGGCCCCGCAGGCGCCGCGCCUGGAGCUGCUGGCAGAGCGCCUGUGCAGCGCCGGGGGCCCCUCUGCCGGCUUCGGCGAGGCGGAGAUGCGCUGGGACCUGGCGCGGGCGCGCUCCCUGGUGGCCUUCCUGGAGGCCUGCCUGGCGCUGCCGGCGGCGGAGCGCGGCUGGCUGCGGGGCCACUUCGACCUGUCGCUCGAGGAGGGCGCCCCGCUCGGCGCCCUGGCGCGCGCCAGCGCCGAGGCGGUGCACGCCUCGGGCGCCUUCCGCGGGGCCGGCGCAGACCGCGCGGAGCUGGAGGAGCUGUGCCUGGCCAAGGUGGUCAACUGCCACGCCGGGCCCGUGGGCGGCGCCGCGCUUUACCGCGCCCUGAGCCGCCUGGCGCACAGCUGCGCCCCGAGCUGCGUCUACGCCCCCAGCCGCGCGGCGGGGGCCGCCUCCGUCGGCCGCCUGGUGGCCGCGCGCGACGUCUGGGAGGGGGAGCUGCUCACCAUCAGCUACGUACGCAGCGACGUGCUGUUGCGCCCGCGCGCGCACAGGCGUGCUGCGGUGUUCGCCGCGCGGGGCUUCCACUGCGGCUGCCCCGCGUGCGACGGCGCCGACCGCUGGCGCCCGGCCAGGUGCCCCUGCGGCUCCGCGGGGUGCGCCGCGGUGCAGGACCCGCAGGGCGCAUGGGCGUCGGCCUGCGACCGCAGCUUCGAGAAGGGCUGCCCCCUGGAGGUGGACCUGGAGACCGCGGAGGCGUGCUGGACCAGCGUGGUGGAGGUGCUGCAGGGCCAGCCCCUGGCGCUGCUGCCGGGCCGCUCGGGCAGCUCGUCGUCCUCGGGCUCCUCGGGCUGCUCGUCGGGCUCCGCGGGCUCGUCAGGCUCCGCGGGCUCGCGAGCGAGCGGCGGCGCGGGCUCCGCCUCUGCGGCCUCUUCGGGGGCAGCGCCAGGGGGGCAUGGGCUCAGGGAGGGGAUGUCGGAGGAG